CAGCGCGUGUGCGACGCUUCUUCACAACAACACAUGCCAUCUAUAUAAAAAAAAACAUGCUGUAUUUGUGAUAUUAAAUGAUUUAAAAAAAAAAAACGUAAACACGUACUAAACCGAUAGAAACGCGUGUCACAUGGAAAUCACAGCGGUGUCUAAUGUCUUUGUUUUGCUCGUGACGUAGUCUGAGAGCUCGUCUCUGGAAGCUUUAUAAGAUGGUUAAAUUACACGACAGCUACAAAAGGCUUUUGCAAAUAUAUACAUUGUCCUCAAAUAUUAUAGGCACACCACUGUUACCUAGCAGAUUUGUUCCUUCACCUCAAAAUCGACAUGAAAUCCGCUUCAAGACUUCAGGUGCUGGUGAGCGAGCUCUGCAGGAGAGACAGAGGCAGCACAUGGCACGAGGUUUGCCAAAACAGAAGCCCAUAGCCGGAGUCAAAGAGCUCAUUGUUGUUGCAUCAGGGAAAGGAGGGGUGGGAAAGUCCACAACAGCAGUGAAUCUUGCUCUUGGACUUAUGGCUAAUGAUCAGAGUAAAUCGGUGGGUCUUCUAGAUGCUGAUGUCUAUGGCCCCUCCAUUCCAAGGUUAAUGAACCUAAAAGGAAACCCUGAAUUAACAGACAAGAACUUAAUGAGACCACUUGUGAAUUUUGGAAUUCCUUGUAUGUCAAUGGGCUUUCUGGUUGAAGAGGUCGCACCUAUCGUGUGGAGGGGUCUGAUGGUGAUGUCAGCUAUUGAGAAACUCAUUAGACAGGUAGAUUGGGGGAAUCUGGAUUACCUUGUGAUUGAUAUGCCACCUGGAACUGGAGAUGUCCAGCUGUCUAUUACUCAGAAUAUUCCAAUAGCAGGUGCUGUAAUCGUGUCCACACCUCAAGACAUUGCCUUGCUAGAUGCACGAAGAGGUGCCGAGAUGUUCAGAAAGGUUAACGUUCCGGUGCUGGGUCUGGUUCAAAACAUGAGUGUUUUUCAGUGUCCCAAAUGCAGUCAUCAAACACACAUUUUUGGCUCAGAUGGGGCGAAAGAGCUGGCUCGGACCCUUGGUGUUGAGAUGCUUGGAGACAUUCCUCUUCAUCUCAACAUUAGGGAGACGUCAGACAAGGGACAGCCAGUGGUUGUGUCGUCUCCAGAUAGUCCAGAAGCCGAGGCUUACAGAAGAGUUGCAGCAGCAGUAGUACGGCGACUAGCGGAGCUUACAAGAUAAAUGUAGUUUUGCUGACCUGAG